AUGGACUCCUUGUCUGAAAACAGUUCCUCCAUCACUGAGUUUAUCCUGGCCGGUUUAACAGAAUAUUCAGGGGUCCAGCUUCCCCUCUUCUUCCUCUUUCUGGGAGUCUAUGUCAUCACUGUGGCAGGGAACGUGGGCUUGCUCACUUUAAUUGGACUGAAUUCUCACCUUCACACACCCAUGUACUUCUUCCUGUUUAAUUUAUCUUUCAUUGACCUCUGUUACUCUUCUGUCAUCACCCCAAAACUGAUGGUAAACUUUGUAUCAAACAGGAACACCAUCUCCUAUGCAGGAUGUAUGACUCAGCUCUUUUUCUACUGUUUCUUUGUCAGUGCAGAGUGCUAUGUGUUGACCAUGAUGGCCUAUGACCGUUAUGUGGCCAUCUGUAAGCCCCUGCUGUACACAGUCACCAUGUCCUCUCAGGUCUGCUCCCUGCUGGCGGUGAUUGUAUACGCGGGGGCAUUGAUCGGUGCUUGGGCACACACAGGGUGCAUGAUGAGGCUGACCUUCUGUGAGAAAAGCACUAUCAACCACUACAUGUGUGACAUCUUGCCCCUGCUAGAACUCUCCUGUACCAGCACUCACAUCAAUGAACUGGUGGUUUUUAUUGUCGUGGGCUUUGAUGUCAGUGUCCCCAGUUUUACUAUCAUCAUCUCCUAUACUUUCAUCCUCUCCAACAUCCUCCGUAUGCGUUCAAAUGAAGGGAGAUCCAAAGCCUUCAGCACCUGUAGUUCACACAUGAUUGUUGUCUCUGUUUUCUUUGGAUCAGGAGCAUUCAUGUACCUCCAACCAUCUUCUGUUUUGUCCAUGGACCAGGGGAAAGUGUCCACGGUGUUCUACACCAUCGUGGUGCCCAUGCUCAACCCUCUCAUCUAUAGUUUCCGAAACAAGGAAGUUAAGGUUGCUCUGAGAAAAACCUUAACUAGAAAAAUAUUUUCCUGA